AUGGCAGGAGACACGGAGCAACUCUUAAAAGCUCUGGAAAGAAUGGAAGAAAAAAUAACUACAAAAAUAAAUAACAACAUUGACCAGAAAUUUGAUUGUCUUCAGAAAGAGCUUCAGGAUAUGAAAAUUUUGAGUGAAGACCAAGAAAAACGAAUGUCUCUUAUAGAGAAGCAACUAAGAGAAAAAAAUCUAUUAUUUUUCGGAAUAUCAGAAGGCGAAAAAAGUUACGAAGAACUCGAAAACAAAAUAGUGGAAACUAUAAAUAAAAAUAUGGAAAUAGACUGCAGCUAUAGAGACAUUGAAAUAGUUCACAGAGUAGGAAAAAAGGAUACGGGUAAAAUUAGGCCUGUUAAGGUUACGUUUGUUAGACUAGGAACUAAAAUAAAAAUAUUAAAAUGUAAAAAAGGCUUUGAGAGUUUAAAUAUUUACGUAAAACACGAUUAUCCUCAAAAGGUGCUUGAAAUCAGAAAAAACCUACAGGAGCAAGUAAAAAAGGAAAGAGAGCAAGGAAACCAAGCUAUAUUAAGAUACGAUAAACUGAUAGUAACUAAAAGAAAUGAAAAACCACUAACGAAUUCUCGAUCGAACUUUGUACAGAAAAGACCCCUAAAUAUCACUCCUCCAAAUACAAAACAUACGGAAGAAAAUCGAAACGAGCACAAUACGUUCACAGAAACACAGCAUAAUAAAAAGAACAAAACAAUGUCUUAUGGAAUACGUCAUUUCAUGCAAAACAAAAACACAGAAAGCAUGACACCCGAUAAUCAAUAGCAAUUAUUUAUGAGUCCACGACUAAAAACCACCAACAACACUACAAACACUAUAUAUAAAGGUAGAAUACAUAAAAAAUCUCCCCCAGAACGGUUUGUCACCGCGGGGGUAGUAGACAAACACCCUCCAUUAAAGAAAAAGUAUUAUAUAUCUACUUUUAACGUCAGAUCAUUAGGAAAUGAAGAUAGAGUCAUACAACUAGAGCAUGCGAUAGCGAAAAUAAAAUGGGAUAUUAUAGGUCUAUCAGAAGUUCGCCGGUUGGGAUAUAACAUGGAAGAUAGAGGCCAAUACAUACUAUAUAGCUUCGGAGAAACGAAAGGAGAAAAAGGAGUCGGUUUUCUGAUAAGAAAACAAAAUCAAAUUAUAAUAUUGGAUUUUAUAGGUAUAAGCGAGAGAGUGGCCGUACUUCGAGUGCAAAUUGAAGGAAAUAUCUUCUCAAUUAUUCAGGUAUAUGCUCCUACAAGUGAAGCGAAGGACAUUGAAAUCCAUUAUUUUUACGAAUGCUUGCACAAUACAAUUAAAAAAUGUGAUCUAAAAAUGAUUCUAAUGGGAGACAUGAAUGCAAAGGUAGGACAGACAAAUAAUAAUAUGGGAUUUAUCAUGGGAAAAUACGGAUACGGCAUCAAAAACGAAAGAGGUGAAUUAUUUAUAGAAUUUUGUCAACAAAAUAAAUUAACCAUAAUGAAUACUAUAUUUUACAAGCCUAAACAACUUAGAUGGACAUGGGAGUCGCCAAACGGAUCCACAAGAAAUGAAAUAGACUUCAUUACAACAAAUGUCCCUAAGUCGAUAGAGAAUGUUAAUGUCCUUAGCAGUUUAAAAUUUCCAAGUGAUCAUAGGAUGGUAAGAGCAACUUUAAAUAUUACCUGUCAAAAACGAUCUAGACGACGAUUCAAUCAAAAGUCAGUAAAAUAUGUAGAUAUACCUAAACUUAAAGCAUCACUUGCAAGCAAAAUAUUCAAAACAUAUUGGAAUGAGACGGAAAACCCCCAAGAAAUGUAUGACAUCAUAGAAAAAACUAUAUUUGAUAGCACAAAAGUAUCUAAAAUUACAAGUAGAGAAAACAAAAGGCAAAAUAUAAUAAAUAAGGAAGUGGAAGAUCUAAUAAAUGAAAGACACGAGUUGAAGAAUAAAAGAAAUAAAACAAGAAAAGAAAAGAAAAAACUGAGCAUGCUGUAUAGAACUAUUAAUAAAAAAAUAAGGGAAAAUACUAAAAAUUACAGACUACAUAUACUCCAACACUUACUAGAAAAAACUGGAGCAGUGAAGAAAGCUUAUAAGAAGUUAGCCAAUACGAAAAUCGUCAUGAGUCAGAUAGAAACCGCUACAGGCUGUACCGUUACUAACAGAAAUGAAACUAUUCAGAUAGCUACUCAAUAUUAUAGAGCUCUAUACAGUCAACAAUCCCAUACAAAUGGUACAAAAGUAGAAACAUACAAUACGGACCCAGCACCACCGUUUAUGGAAAGAGAGGUAGAGUUAUCAAUAAAUAAAUUAAAACAUGACAAAAGCCCUGGACCGGACGGUAUUAGCAAUGAAAUAAUAAUAGCUGGAAAGGACAGUCUUAUUAUACCAUUGACGAAACUUUUUAACAUUAUACUUUAUACGAAAAAACUACCGACUCAGUGGACAUAUUCUGAAAUUUCAUUAAUUUAUAAAAAAGGAGACCCGAAACAAAUAUGUAAUUACAGGCCUAUCAGUCUAACAUCAUGCAUCUAUAAAGUGUUCGCUACCACUUUAUUGCGACGCAUAACAAAAAUCAUAGAUGAAAACCAGGGAGUAGAACAAGCAGGUUUUAUACAAGGAUUUUCCACAAUAGAUCAUAUUCACACACUAAAAAAUAUAAUAGAAAAAUACAAGGAAUAUGGAAAACCAUUAUACAUUGGAUUUAUCGAUUAUUCUAAAGCAUUCGAUUCCAUUUCCCAUAAUGCUAUGUGGAAUGCUCUAGCAGAACAGGGUAUUAAUAGUGAAUACAUAGACAUUAUAAAAGAACUCUACCACAAAAGUACAUCUAGCGUUCGUAUAGACACGGUCGGAAUCCCAUUUAAAUUAGAAAGAGGUUUAAGGCAAGGCGACCCGCUCUCUUCAAAGCUUUUUUUAGCUGUCCUUGAAAAUAUAUUCAGGACACUAAAUUGGGACAACGUCGGGCUAAAAAUAUACGGUAGCUUCUUGUCACACCUGAGGUUUGCGGACGACAUAGUACUAUUUUCUGAAAGUUCAGAUGGUUUACAGUAUAUGUUGGAAACAUUAAAUUUACAAAGUAUGAAAGUAGGUCUGCAUAUAAAUCAAGAAAAAACGAAAAUUAUCACAAACUCCACAUGCAGUCAGAUACAAAUACAAUCGAAAGUUAUAGAAUACGUAGAAGAAUAUAUCUAUCUUGGUCAUCUGAUCUCAUUCCAAAACUCUAUUGACAAAGAAAUAGAUAGACGAAUCACCAAUACAUGGAAAAAAUAUUGGAGCAUGAAGGAAAUUUUUAAAGGAAAUUUACCAAUAAGAUUAAAAACAAAAGCGCUAGAGACGUGUAUAUUACCAUGUCUUACCUAUGCAUGCCAGUCCUGGCCCCUCUCAAUCAGGACAUUGA